CCCGGGCCAGCCGCGCCCGCCCCCGCGCUCCUGCUCCCUCCCCUCCUUCCCUCCCCGCCUCCCCCGCGCGCACCCCUCCCCUCGCGCCCCUCCCACGCCCUACAUCCACCGCCCGGCGGAGGGGGCUCAGUCCGCAGCCGCCGCCGCUACCGCCGCGCCUCGGCCUCGGUGCAGGCAGUGGCCGCCGCCGCCGAGACAGCUGCGCGGGCGAGCAUCCCCACGCAGCACCUUGGAAGUUGUUUUCAACCGUAUCCAGCCCUUGCUGAAUACAUCCUAUCUGCCACACAUUCAGCGUGAGGUCCCUCCAGCUAUAAGGUGGGCACCAUGGCGGAGAAGUUUGACUGCCACUACUGCAGGGACCCCUUGCAGGGGAAGAAGUAUGUGCAAAAGGAUGGCCACCACUGCUGCCUGAAAUGCUUUGACAAGUUCUGUGCCAACACCUGUGUGGAAUGCCGCAAGCCCAUCGGUGCGGACUCCAAGGAGGUGCACUAUAAGAACCGCUUCUGGCACGACACCUGCUUCCGCUGUGCCAAGUGCCUUCACCCCUUGGCCAAUGAGACCUUUGUGGCCAAGGACAACAAGAUCCUGUGCAACAAGUGCACCACUCGGGAGGACUCCCCCAAGUGCAAGGGGUGCUUCAAGGCCAUUGUGGCAGGAGAUCAAAACGUGGAGUACAAGGGGACCGUCUGGCACAAGGACUGCUUCACCUGUAGUAACUGCAAGCAAGUCAUCGGGACUGGAAGCUUCUUCCCUAAAGGGGAGGACUUCUACUGCGUGACUUGCCAUGAGACCAAGUUUGCCAAGCAUUGCGUGAAGUGCAACAAGGCCAUCACAUCUGGAGGAAUCACUUACCAGGAUCAGCCCUGGCAUGCCGAUUGCUUUGUGUGUGUUACCUGCUCUAAGAAGCUGGCUGGGCAGCGUUUCACCGCUGUGGAGGACCAGUAUUACUGCGUGGAUUGCUACAAGAACUUUGUGGCCAAGAAGUGUGCUGGAUGCAAGAACCCCAUCACUGGGUUUGGUAAAGGCUCCAGUGUGGUGGCCUAUGAAGGACAAUCCUGGCACGACUACUGCUUCCACUGCAAAAAAUGCUCCGUGAAUCUGGCCAACAAGCGCUUUGUUUUCCACCAGGAGCAAGUGUAUUGCCCCGACUGUGCCAAAAAGCUGUAAACUGACAGGGGCUCCUGUCCUGUAAAAUGGCAUUUGAAUCUCGUUCUUUGUGUCCUUACUUUCUGCCCUAUACCAUCAAUAGGGGAAGAGUGGUCCUUCCCCUCUUUAAAGUUCUCCUUCCGUCUUUUCUCCCAUUUUACAGUAUUACUCAAAUAAGGGCACACAGUGAUCAUAUUAGCAUUUAGUAAAAAGCAACCCUGCAGCAAAGUGAAUUUCUGUCUGACUGCAAUUUAAAAAUGAAAACUUAGGUAGAUUGACUCUUCUGCAUGUUUCUCAUAGAGCAGAAAAGUGCUAAUCAUUUAGCCACUUAGUGAUGUAAGCAAGAAGCAUAGGAGAUAAAGCCCCCACUGAGGUGCCUCUCGUGCCUCAGCUGGGACCCACCGUGUAGACACACGACAUGCUAGAGUUGCAGCGGCUGCUCCAACUCACUGCUCACCCUCUUUCUGUGAGCAGGAAAAGAACUUACUGACAUGCAUGGUUUAACUUCCUCAUCAGAACUCUGCCCUUCCUUCUGUUCUUUUGUGCUUUCAAAUGACUAACACGAAUUUCCAGAAAAUUAACAUUUGAACUUAGCUGUAAUUCUAAACUGACCUUUCCCCGUACUAACGUUUGGUUUCCCCGUGUGGCAUGUUUUCUGAGCGUUCCUACUUUAAAGCAUGGAACAUGCAGGUGAUUUGGGAAGUGUAGACAGACCUGAGAAAACGAGCCUGUUUCAGAGGAACAUCGUCACAACGAAUACUUCUGGAAGCUUAACAAAACUAACCCUGCUGUCCUUUUUGUUGUUUUUAAUUAACAUUUUUAAUUGAUAGCAAAAUAGUUUAUGGGUUUGGAAACUUGCAUGAAAAUAUUUUAGCCCCCUCACAUAUUCCUGCAGUGUUGAAAUUCAUCCUACAGAAGUAACCGCAAAACUCUAGAGGGGGAGUUGAGCAGGCGCCAGGGCUGCCAUCAACAUGGAUAUGACAUUUCACAACAGUGACGAGUUGAAUCCCUUGUAAAGUAGUACUAGUCUGCUCUUUGUCCAUGUGUUAAUGAGGACUGCAACGUCCCUUCUCUUGUGAUUCCUAGGACUUUUCCUCAAGAGGAAAUCUGGAUUUCCACCUACCGCUUACCUGAAAUGCAGGAUCACCUACUUACUGUAUUCUACAUUAUUAUAUGACAUAGUAUAAUGAGACAAUAUCAAAAGUAAACAUGUAAUGACAAUACAUACUAACAUUCUCGUAGGAGUGGUUAGAGAAGCUGAUGCCUCAUUUCUACAUUCUGUCAUUAGCUAUUAUCAUCUAACGUUUCAGUGUAUCCUUACAGAAAUAAAGCAGCAUAUGAAUAA